AUGGAAUCGAAGUCUCGGCACCGCCCGUUUGCCAAGUCUAGGCCGGAAGACGAAGCUGGCGAUGGGCUCUGGGACACAUACUUGGACGCAGUUGAGAGCGAGGAUAAGGCUAGCAUCGAAAGCUGGAAUGGAUCCACAACGGGGAUACUCACCUUUACGGGUCUAUUCGCGGCGACAACGGCAGCGUUCAUCAUCGAGAGCUACAAGACGCUACAGCCCGAUACCGGCGCCCAAACGAUUGCACUACUCUCGCAGCUCGUUUCGGCAACGAAUAACACUCCCGUAGUGCCCACGAAUGAGCUACCAUCGGAGCCCUUUCAGACUCCGCAAACGGCCGUGAUCGUCAACGCUCUUUGGUUCCUCAGUCUCGUCAUAUCGCUCGUAUGCGCUCUGCUCGCGACGCUUAUCCAAGAGUGGACACGGGACUUUCGGCGCGACAUCCAGUGGCGGUCCUCCGGCACGACCAUCAAGGAAUACGCCUUCAAGCACAUCUAUGUGCGCAUGGGAGUGGAACGAUAUCGACUGGAUGAUGUGGCUACUCUCAUCGUUGCCCUGAUACAUGUCGCUGUUGCCCUCUUCCUCAUCGGACUAAGCAUCUUCCUAUUCCCCAUCGAUCAUACAUCGGCUUUGGUGGUUACAAUAGCCGCCAGUGUAGCUGCGUUUCUCUAUGUCAUGCUCAGUGUCAUCCCAUUCUGGGACCACAGCUGUCCAUAUCGUACCCCAAUGACAUACUUCUUUGUUGUCGUGGAGUGGGCAAUUGUCACAGUCUGCGUCGCCGUUGCCCUUCCAGUAUGGCUUGUGACAUCCAGUAUAGCGGAGCAUGACUGGUCGUGUCUGUCGGAUAUCUCCAAAUUCAAGUUGGCCGAAGUUACGACCGGACUACGCAGCAUCUUCUACUUCUUGAUCCCAAGGCGAAGCCUUCCAGGCCAAGGGGAUCUCCCUUCAUAUAUCCCCGACUACUUCUCGCCGGAGAAUGUGUACGCGCACCGAAGCUUUGUGGACUAUGCCAGGUUGAUAUUCAUCUGGCAACACACCAGCGAAUACAUGCUUAGUGACGAGGGCCGGGACGUCUUACUGCACUACCUUCCAUGUCAGCUACUCGAUAGCGACUUCCAUGACUUCGGGUUCUUCUUCGUGUACUUGCGACAUCGCGGACGAUUCAUGCUGCCCAUCGCGAGCAUGAUGACCUCUGUCGAGACCAUACCCGACGCCCUGGGGGCUAUUCGACUACUGCAGAUGCUCAUCAUAUCGGAAGAUGAGCAACUUGAGGAAUCCGCUCUCGGCGUCUGGGACGGCAGAUGGGAGGCGAUGCACAGCGUGUUCAGAGCCGUCCCCGACUUGCUCCUCAUAGUCGACUCCUUGAACAUGGCAGCACGCGAAUACGACAAUCUCUCUUUGCUUCUCGCGCUCGCCGACCUCCGCUGGACAGUGAUCAUUGUGCGCGCGAAGUUGCUUCGGCAGAGAUUGGACGAAGAAGUUUCGACUCUGGACACGAUGCUACUCGACAUGGAGAGAGUCAGAGGUCUUGGUCUCCUCCCACUUCACACCCACGAUCACGGUCGUCUGGAACGAAGCGAAUUCGACCAACACCAUCAAGACGUGUCAUUCUGUUACGAGCUCGCGGCCCGGAACGCGCUCACGACAAUAGCGCAUAUAUUCUACCCAGCCAAUCCCGAGACAGACACGAGGUACUGGACGCGCCGGGAGUCCCCUUAUCCGAAGAAAGACAUACCGAAUAUGCUGCGCUGGCAUGAAUUCUUCACAGCAACUGAGAUCGACGCCUGCGCAAGGGAAACCCACGGGCACAGCCCAUCCCCCGUCUUUCUUUCACUGCUCCAGCGAGCCAAUGACCCCGGUCUAGAGGAGAAAACGACAUCCAUGUUCCUUGCGAACAGCCAAGAUGUCGUCGAUGCGUUGGACCACUUGAAGCGUCUCAUGCUCCUCACCUCACACCAGCCGCCUUCAGACCUCGUGUCACAGGGCGAUGCCCAUUUGAGGGACCUCGGGAUCGUACCGGUACCUCGACGGCCACCCUCGAGUACAUCGUCCAUUGCUCCGAUGGAGAGCGCAUCUGCGGGGAAUGCGGGAGCUCGUGAGAACGCACUCGAUAGCCGGGACGGACCGGAUCAGCCCCGGGUUGAGGGCGAGUAG